CUUAUUCCCAUUAACACUCUAAAAAGGAGGCAGUGGAGACCCAGAGAGGCUCAGUGAUUUGUCCACAUGACACAUCUAGUAAACUGCAGGGUCAGGAUUUGAACCCAGGCAGUUUGGCUCUGGUCUGGAGGCCAGUCUCUUAAUGACAGCUGCUUCCCAUGAGACAACAAUGGGUGAUCAGGACAGAGUCAAGAUGAAAGGUGGAGUUUCCAUAGGAAAAAGCUGCUUCUCUGUUUCCCCAGCCUAGCAACUGUUUGGAAGUCAGAUCCCCACAUCCUGCUCUACUGGGUCAAGUCCCUCUUGGACCGGCUCGUGUCCAUCAUUGACUGGAGUGUACCAACCCUGUGCAGGGUCUCCCCUGGCAAUCUUACCUCAUCAGUGCUGGGACUUCUCGGAUCUCUUCAGAUGAAAAUGGCCUUGCCUAGGAAUCCUGCUAGCUCCAUCAUCCUCUAAUUAUGGGACAAGGCUGUGCCAACAGGUCUGGGGGCAGGAGAACAGGGCUAAUCAAGCCCCCCUGGAAACACUGGAGGACUUCCCAGCCUUCGAAGAACUCUAACGGUUUCUGAAUCAAGCCCAUUCUUGGUGGUAAGCAUAAUGCAACUUCUGCAACUUCUGCUGUGGCUUUUGGGAUCAGGUGGCUGCUUGCUCCUUUCAGGGGAUUGUCAGGAGGUGGCCACUCUCACUGUGAAAUACCAAGUGUCAGAGGAAGUGCCGUCUGGCACGGUGAUAGGGAAACUGUCCCAGGAACUGGGCUGGGAGGAGAGGCGUGCGCAAGCGGGGGCUGCCUUCCAGGUCUUGCAGCUGCCUCAGGCACUCCCCAUCCAGGUGGACCCUGAGGACGGCCGGCUCAGCACAGGGAGACGGCUAGACCGAGAGCAGCUUUGCCGGCAGCGGGAUCCCUGCCUGGUUUCCUUUGACGUGCUUGCCACAGGGGAUUUGGCUCUGAUCCAUGUGGAGAUCCAGGUGCUGGACAUCAAUGACCACCAGCCACAGUUUCCCAAAGGCGAGCAGGAGCUGGAAAUCUCUGAGAGUGCCUCUCUGCGCACCAGGAUCCCUCUGGACAGAGCUCACGACCCGGACACUGGCCCCAACACUCUGCACUCCUACUCCCUGUCUCCCAGUGAGCACUUCGCCCUGGAUGUCAUCGUGGGGCCCGAUGAGACCAAACAUGCAGAACUUGUGGUGGUGAAGGAGCUGGACCGGGAAAUCCACUCGUGUUUUGAUCUGGUGUUAACUGCCUAUGACAGUGGGAAUCCCCCCAAGUCAGGAACCAGCUUGGUCAAAGUCAACGUCUUGGACUCCAAUGACAACAGCCCUGUGUUUGCUGAGAGCUCACUGGCACUAGAAAUCCAAGAAGAUGCUGCCCCUGGUACCCUCCUCAUAAACUUGACCGCCACAGACCCUGACCAAGGCCCCAACGGGGAGGUGGAGUUCUUCCUCAGUAAGCAUGUGCCUCCAGAGGUGCUGGACACCUUUAGCAUCGAUGCCAAGACAGGUCAGGUGAUUCUGCGUCAACCCCUAGACUACGAGAGGAAUCCUGCCUACGAGGUGGAUGUCCAGGCAAGGGACCUGGGUCCCAAUCCCAUCCCAGCCCACUGCAAAGUUCUCAUCAAGGUUCUGGACGUCAAUGACAAUGCCCCAACUAUCCACAUCACGUGGGCUUCCCAGCCGUCACUGGUGUCAGAGGCUCUUCCCAAGGACAGUUUCAUUGCUCUCGUCGUGGCAAAUGACUUGGACUCAGGAAACAAUGGCCUGGUCCACUGCUGGCUGAGCCAAGAUCUGGGCCACUUCAGGCUGAAACGGACCAACGGCAACACAUACAUGCUGCUAACCAACGCCACACUGGACAGAGAGCAGUGGCCCUCAUAUAACCUCACUCUAUUGGCCCAAGACCAAGGACCCCAGCCCUUAUCCGCCAAGAAACAGCUCAGCAUUCAAAUCAGUGAUGCCAAUGACAAUGCACCUGUGUUUGAGAAGAGCAGGUACGAGGUCUCCACUCGGGAAAACAAUCUACCCUCUCUUCACCUCAUUACCCUCAAAGCUCAUGAUGCAGACUUGGGCAUGAACGGACAAAUCUCAUACCGCAUCCAGCACUCUCCAGUUUCUCACUUGAUAGCUAUUGACUCAGACACAGGAGAGGUCACUGCCCAGAGGUCACUGGACUAUGAACAGAUGACUGGCUUUGAGUUCCAUGUGAUCGCGGAGGACAGGGGACAGCCCCAGCUCACAUCCAGCAUCUCUGUGUGGGUCACCCUCCUGGAUGCCAACGAUAAUGCCCCAGAGGUGAUUCAUCCCACACUCAGCGAUGGAAAAGCCAGCCUCUCAGUGCUGGUUAAUGCCUCCACAGGCCACCUUCUGGUGCCCAUUGAGACUCCCAAUGGCUUGGGUCCAGUGAGCACUGACACACCACAACUGGCUACCCACAUCUCCCAGCCAUUCCUUUUGGCAACCAUUGUAGCAAGAGACGCAGACUCAGGGGCAAACGGAGAAGUCCUCUACAGCAUUCGGAGUGGGAACGAAGCCCACCUCUUUGUCCUCAGCCCCCACCUGGGGCAGUUGUUCAUCAACAUCACCAAUGCCAGCAGCCUCAUUGGGAGUGAGUGGGAGCUGGAGAUAGUGGUGGAAGACCAUGGCAGCCCCUCCUUGCAGACCCAAGCCCUGUUGAGGGUCUUGUUCGUCACCAGUGUGGACCACCUGAGGGACUCGCCCCGUGAGCCUGGGGCCCUGAGCACAUCGGUGCUAACGGUGAUUUGUCUGGUCGUCCUGCUGGCCAUCUUUGGAUUGAUCUUGGCUCUGAUCAUGUCCAUCUGCCGGACGGAGAAGAAGGACAACAGGGCCUACAACUGUCGGGAGGCAGAGUCCACCUACCGCCACCAGCCCAAGAGGCCCCAGAAACACAUUCAAAAGGCAGACAUCCACCUUGUGCCUGUGCUCAAGGGCCAGGUGGAUGAGCCUGCUGAAGUCAGGCAGCCCCUCAAGGACGUGAGCGAGGAAGCGAUGAUGGAAGCAGGCUGGGACCCCUGCCUGCAGACGCCCUUUCACCUUACCCCAACUCUGUACAGGACCCUGCGGAACCAAGGCAACCAGGGAACACUGGCCGAGAGCCGAGAGGUGCUGCAGGACACUGUCAACCUCCUUUUCAACCAUCCCAGGCAGAGGAACACCUCCCGGGAGAACCUGAGCCUUCCCGAGCCCCAGCCUGCGAUGGGCCAGCCCCACUCAAGGCCCCUGAAGGUUGCAGGCAGCCCCACAGGGAGGCUUCCUGGAGAUCAGGGAAGGGAAGAGGCCCUGCUGAGCCCACCAGGCUCCUCGGCAACCCUGAGGCGACAGCGGCAUCUCAAUGGCAAAGUGGCCCCUGAGAAAGAGUCAGGCCCCCGUCAGAUCCUGCGGAGCCUGGUCCGGCUGUCUGUGGCUGCCUUCGCGGAGAGGAACCCCAUAGAGGAGCUCACUGUGGAUUCUUCUCCUGUUCAGCAAAUCUCCCAGCUGCUGUCCUUGCUUCAUCAGGGCCAAUUCCAGCCCAAACCAAACCACCGGGGAAAUAAGUACUUGGCCAAGCCGGGCUGCAGCAGGAGUGCAACCCCAGACACAGAUGGCCCAGGUGCCAGGGCUGGUGGCCAAGCAGAACCGGACCAGGAAGAAGGACCCUUGGACCCUGAAGAGGACCUCUCUGUGAAGCAGCUGCUAGAAGAAGAGCUGUCAAACCUGCUGGACCCCCACACAGGCCUGGCCCUGGACCGACUGAGUACCCCCGACCCAGCCUGGAUGGCCAGGCUGUCUUUGCCCCUGACCACCAACUACCGUGACAACGUGUUCUCCCCGGAUGCAGCAGCCUCGGAGGAGCCAAGGACCUUCCAGACGUUCGGCAAGGUGUCAGGGACCGAGCUGAGCCCAACGGGCACUCGGCUGGCCAGCACCUUCCUCUCAGAGAUGAGCUCGCUGUUGGAGAUGCUGCUGGAGCAGCGCACCAGCGUGCCCGUGGAGGCUGCCUCUGAGGUGCUGCGGCGGCUCUCCGUCUGUGGAAGGACCCUCAGCCUAGACCUGGCCACCAGCGGGGCCUCGGGCACGGAAGUCCAGGGGGGCCCAGGUGGAAAGAAGGGGUCCGAGGGCAGGACCGGUAGCAGCAGCAGCAGCAGCAGGGGCCUGUGGAUCCAGGAACCAGGGGCCCUGGGAGAUGUUAGGGAGCCCAGGCCCUGAGGAUCCUGGGAUAUGAGCUGGUUUCUAAAAUCUCUGAACUCACUAACCAGAGGUGGCCUAAGAGCUUUAGGGUGACUGAUGCUGUCCCACAGAGUGGGCAGCGACCCAAGGACUAAUAGCUGGCUGACCAAAGCAGACCCUUCUAGGGGCUGGUUCUGCUUGUGAACUUUUUGGAGGACGCUGAUAGUUUGUGGCUAAGUGUUUGCUGGCAAAACACAGGUAGAGCACAUAGAGCCAGUCUUCCAGUGGAAGAAAUACCACGGAGUGUCACUAGCAGGAAAGGAUGGCCUCGUUGCAUACGAGAGGGUGGGGGGCUGGGUCCUGGGGUGCCAGGCAAAGCCCUCUGCCCUACUAAUAAAGGAAAAAUAGUGGCUUAUUCUCCUGUUUACACUUAUCAAGAGGGAGGAGGGAAGAGAAACCGAGUGAGGGUUGUCAUCCACUCCCUGGCAAGAAGGUCUUGCUGGGCCUGGACAGGAGUGGGGCAUGUUGGUGCAGCGUUAGGUACGCAACAAAGGACAUGUGUACUCUUGAGCCCACUCCUCUACUGCUACAUAAUCAAAUAGUCUGCUUCUCAGCUGGAAAAUUGGGACUAAGAAAAGUGUGACUAUUUAUGGAGUAUUUACUUGAGUCAGGCACUAGGCUUGCAAUAGGAUUUAAUUAAAUUUCUCAACAACCCUGGAAGGGAGAUGUUACUAGCCCCAUUUCACAGACAAGGACAUGAGGCUUGGAGAGGUUGAGUGUCUUGCCCAAGAUUAAGCAGAGAGUAGAGGCAGAGACAGGAUUUGGAGCCAGGCUUGUCCGACACCAGAACCCAUGCCCUCGACCUUGACACUAGACUGCCAGCCAAGGAAAAGCCCCCAUAGAUGAGCUUUUGCCAGUAGUGGGCGUGUCUGAGCUCCCCUCCAGAAACACUGCUAAAAAGAGCAUUUCCCAAGCUGCUCAGACCUGCACGUCUGGGCACUUCCGAGCCCAGAGUAAAAGGGACUUGGAUCUGACCUGAUGUAGGCCUGGGCCUCUGCAGGAUCCUGUCCUUUUCCAGUGAGAAGCCCUUCUAGAAGUCAUCCUUCUAGAAACAACCGUUCAUGGGUAAAUCUUCCUGUCACAGCAGGUUUGGGCCUGUGAAUUCAGGCCCAAGAGGACAGUGUAUGAACCGGGUCCAUGAAAUUGACACUGACAGCAGCAAACCUUUCAGGGGAGGAGGGAGUGAAGAAACAGCAAAUAUUUUCCCAAGGCUCAGCCUUAUAAUUUUCCUGGAAAUUUCCAAGCUCAUACAGCUAGCUUCUCAAUAUCAUGGGGCUUUCCUGGACACCGAAGGCAAAAAUGCCUCUGUGCUCCUCCUUUUGUCCUCUUUUGGAGCUCAGGACUCGUGGUCACUGUCCACAGCAAUGGGCCCAUCAUAACCCUAACUAGGGUUAAUGAAAACCCUAUACCCAUACUUAGAAUGCAGUGUGGUAUCAUUAUUCCAUUCAUUUUACAGAUGAGGAAAAUGAGGCCCCAAAAGCUAAGUGCUUCAGAAGCAGGGUCUCCAGGUCUCUGAUCUCACUCCAGGCCAGAGUGAUCUUACAAGAUCUGUGAUUUUUCAAGCUGUUGGGCUCCCCACAUCAAUGAGAGAGGCCAGAGGAGACCAAGCAGGUAGGGCCUCCAGCCUGACCAGCCAGGUGCCCGGCACAAAGCAACAUUUGCUGAAUACUUACUGAAUGGAUGAAUGAAUGGGUAAAAAAUGCGCCAGAGUUUCUUCUUAUCUAUAUUGGAGCUCCAGGUAAGACUUCGUUAGGAAAAUUAAAAAAAAGUUUCAUUCUGCAAAAGCAAUGUCUGAAAACCACAGCACUAGAAUUGAUGGUGCUGACCUCCCAAUGAGUGGUAAAUUUCCAGGGCAGAACUGAUAUUGGGAGGGUGGAGAGAAGAGAUAACGGGAGGAGGUGACCUAAGGAACCUGGAACUAUGGCUGGCAACUGGAUCACUGGAGACACUGGAUCGCUGCCUCACUCUAGUCCAAAAGUCCUACAUCUGUAGUCCUUGGGACUCUGGAGAGACCCCCUACAUACUAGGCAAAACAUAAGUAUAUAAGCAUUUUUCUAAGCAGAAAAUACAAAGUUCUCAUCAGAUUCUCCAAGGAACAUAUGACCUAUAAAAGGAUGUGCGGCACUGCUCUGUCACAAUCUAAACCUCCACGGACAUGGGUAAUUUUAGUCAUAAGGAGACUGAACAUUUUACAGCAAGAAGUGGCAAGACAGAAAAGGCUGACUGGGCCAAAGCCAUGUGGCAGGUUUAUGGCAGGACUGGGGUCUGGGUCUGGGGUUUAGUAUGAUGAUCUUACUAACACAUCAAGGGUUCUUAACCCGGGGCCCUUGGUUGGGCUUCAGGAUCUAUAAACUUUCCGUAUUGCACACAAAAUUGGGAGGAGGUGCAUUUUCCUACGGGAAGAAAUCAGUGCUUUCAUCAGAUUCUCAAAGGUUAAGGACCACUGCAAUCCUCUAGGUCAGUCCUCAGUCCUGCCUGUCCCACAAAACCUGGAGAACUCAUGGGCAGAGCUAUUCAGAGGCAACCAAUCUGAUCGGGGUGGGGGUGUUGGUACCAAGGGUUGUGCUCUCGCCUGCACCAUGCAACCCUCUCCUAACACGCUAAUACCAGCCCUUUCCCAAUAACAGGCUGAGAGUGAGACGGUGUAUAUGGUGACAAAACCAAGUGGGCUCAACAGGAAGGUUACAGAAACUUCUUGACAUCAGCCAAGAUGUCAAAGCUAAGACUUUGGACAUGCUCAAAACAGUUUCCACCAAGAUGGGCUCUGUCCCCUGGGAGACUGAGGGAGCAGGCAAGCCAGCAAGCGCUCAGUUAAAUGUCAUCUUAAUUUGGAAAGUGCAGAGGGACAUUUUUUAUCAACAGUCAGCCAUUCUCCAGCACCAGGAGUGGGAUGCAGUGCUCACUCAGAGCCUGGGGGCAGCUUAGUGAUUGACAGGCAGCCUUUGUCUGCUACCCAACUUCAGCUUGGCGGCUCACUGACCCUACCUCUCCUCUGGCUGAAACAAGAGUGAGAUGGCAACCACCACCCCUGGGACUUUGGAGAGAACCAAAUCCCAGAAAGGAGAAGACAGGAGGGAAGAGGGUGUAGUUUUAGCACAAACUCAGCUUCGCACAUAGUGUGUACCUAGAAAAUAGGUCUGUUUUUCAGCCCCUACUAAGUAUUGGGUACAAUGUAAUUGGGGGGGGGGGCGCGAGGAGGGAGGCAUGAUCAGAAACACUCAACAUUUUGUAUUUGUUGAGCAAUUACUACAUGUCAAAAGUAGUACUAGGGAUAGAAGCAGGGGUAGGGGUAUAUAGAAUCAUUCCUUCGACAAAUACUUAAAGUACCUACUAUGUGCUGAGUAGGCUUGGUGCUGCGUGUUGGGUGAAGAGGGGGCAAUGCCUACAAUCACUCAUUCACUGAAUAAAUAUUUACUGAAUAUGUACUAAGCACCCUGCAAUCUGUUUAGCACUGAAGAUAUAAUGAACCAAAACAGCCUGGUUCCUACUGUAGCAUCAGGGCUCCCUGAAAACAGCAUCUCCAGAUAAGGAAACUGAGAUAGCAGAGCCUUGCACAAAGGACUCACUGCUGAGGGCACCAGGCCCUGACCUCAGGUCACCCAGUAUCCUAAC